AUGUACAACAAACUGACCUCCAUUGGGUCUACUAUACUGAGUAAAAGCAAACGCUUCAGAAUGAAAACGUUCAUCUUGGUAGCCUGCUUGAUCCUGUCGGCGUACGCUGCGGAGAAGUACAACUCCAAAUAUGACAACUUCGACGUAGACACCCUAACUGGGAAUGACCGACUCCUCAAGUCCUAUAUAAACUGUUUCCUCGAGAAGGGCAAGUGCACAUCAGAGGGUACUGACUUUAAAAAAGCUCUUCCUGAAGCUGUGGAAACAUCCUGCGGGAAAUGCACAGAAAAACAGAAAAGUAACGUAAGAAAAGUAAUUAAGGCCAUCCAACAGAAAUUCCCUAAACAAUGGGAAGAGCUGGUGGCCAAAAAUGACCCUACUGGGUUGAGCACAUCUGAUCUGUUGAUUUGGGUGAACGGCUGGCAUUUGGACGGUGUUAAGCAAGUGACUGGAAAUGAGUCGGUUGGGUUGCAUGUGUGUUUGUGUGUCAGCCCGGACAGCGAGCCGCUUGCGCCAGACCUCCUUGCAAAUCCG